AAAUCUCCAUCCAUAAAUACGUACGUACCCAUCUCUAACUGCGUGUGUCCUCCACACCUCUCCAUCUCCUCCUCUGCAGUUCAUAUCAUUAUUUUUUCAUUUCUAACCAUGUCAUCCAACCAAACAUCCCUCAAUGAUGCCAAAUUCACCAUUCCCUCCACGGACCUCGAGCAACAGUCAGCCCUAGAGCUUGAAACCAAGGAAUUUGACUACUCUAAAAGAUCUCAAUGGCUGCGUGCAGCUGUCUUAGGAGCCAAUGAUGGGUUGGUGUCAACAGCCUCAUUAAUGAUGGGUGUUGGAGCAGUUAAACAAGAUGUAAAGGCCAUGAUACUUACUGGGUUUGCUGGUCUUGUUGCUGGGGCUUGCAGCAUGGCCAUAGGAGAGUUUGUGUCUGUGUACUCACAGUUGGACAUAGAGCUGGCCCAGCUGAAAAGAGACAAUGAAAGGGGAAAUGGUGAAGACAGAUCCGAAGACGAAGAGAAAGAGAGUUUGCCCAACCCCAUGCAAGCUGCUGCAGCAUCAGCUCUUGCCUUUUCUGUGGGUGCAUUGGUUCCACUGCUAGCAGCUUCAUUUAUAGAGGAGUAUAAGGUAAGAGUGGGUUUGAUUGUUGGGACAGUGAGUUUGGCUUUGGUGGUUUUUGGGUGGCUGGGGGCUCUGUUAGGUAAGGCCCCUGUGUUUAGGUCUGUUGUGCGGGUUUUGCUUGGAGGUUUGAUUGCCAUGGCUAUAACCUUUGGGUUGACCAAGUUGAUUGGAUCUAGUGGGCUCUGAUAUUAAUAUACCCCAAUCUCCAACUACAUAAUAUCCUUUGUUUAUGUGCCCCUCUCUCUUUCUCCUAGUAAUAUUGUAAGCAGUCAUGAGAGUUUUUUUCCCUCUCUCUCUCUCUCUUUUCUCGAUCUGUUGCAUCUUUCCUUGUAUCAGAUGGAUACUAAAACCAGUUAAUCACGAUUUAUGA